UUCCCGUAUAAAGUUUAUAGUAUAGUUAUUUAUUUUAAAUUUAAUUAUUCUUUACUUUUUUAUCUUAUCUUGUUCGCGUUAAAGCUGGGACAAUCGGCGCACUCAAACGAGUCUGAUUUCAACAUCAUAGUUAACCCAAAGAUUCGAAUUGAGCGCUUACCAACUGCUGUAUGAUAACAGCUGUUCUUUGUUUUGAGUUGUACAUGGAUAAUAAUAAACUGAGGGGAAACAAUAGAAAAAUAUUUUAUCAGAAAUGAAGCCAGUAAACAAAACGCUGGCAGAGAAGCGUCGAUGGACCUCGAAAAGUCGCAACCUGUGAGAGUGAAAGUAAACCGGUCGCUGAUAGCAUUUGAGUUGAGCUCUUCACCUUCUGCCUACGUGGAAUCGCUCGUCUGAUUGCAAGUUGAUUGUCAACUGCUAGCUUGUGCUAAUCGUGAGCCAUUUGUUUAUCGCUUCUCAUAGCGGCUUCUAGAUUAUGUACAAAUACCAAAGCGCAUCGUUUGAGAGCUGCCUCGAAAAACGCGACGCCGAAAUGAAGUUCCCUAGGAAUGGAAAGCUUUUGUGGAAUUUGACAAAGAGCUCGCUGGCGCAGGAGUCUCAAAAUGGGAUCGCCAAAAGGGUGCUACCCGCCAGAUACAGCACCGCUGUAAAAAGUGCAACCUCGGAGCAGCCAAACCUCCUGAAGUACCAUGUUCUGCCGCUCGAAGAAACGCUGAAUCGCUUUAUGGCCACUGUUGAGCCCCUGCUGACUCCAGAGGAGCUGGAACAGCAGAAGGCGAUCACUGCUCAGUUCUUGAAGAAGCAAGGCCGUGAUUUGCAGCAGCUCUUGGAGGAAACUGGCAGUAAGGAGAAAAACUGGCUGGCCCACCGCUGGCUCAAGGCUGCCUACUUACAAUAUCGAUCGCCAGUGACUGUCUUUGUGAGUCCAGGCAUGACCUUCCCCAAGCAAAACUUCAAGGACUCACACGCUUUUGUCGACUACACGGCCAGAGUUAUCUUUGGACUGGGUGAGUUCAAUGACAUGGUGCAUGCCGACCAAAUUCCUAUUGUUAAAAUGGGCAAGAACGAGUUGGACAACAGUCAGUUCGGCAAAGUAUUUGGCACAUGCCGGAUACCAAGAAAGGGAACAGAUGAGAUUGUCUACAAUCCCAGCUCCGACUAUGUAGUGGUGAUCUUCAGGAAUCAUUUUUACAAACUGCAAAUAUAUAACAAGCAGGGAAAGCUUAUUGCUGCUAAAUGCCUAGGUGCUCAACUGGAGAAUAUCAUGUUGAAGGAAACCAAAGUUGGAAUUCCCUAUGGUAUUUUAACCACCGAUUCAAGGGACAACUGGGCCGAAGCCUACGAACUUCUGUCCGAUACACCUAGCAACAGAGAUGCCCUUAAAACUAUUCAGAGUGCUCUGUUUACCGUCUCCCUCGACGAGGGUACCACCUUAAAAGAAGGUGAAGAUGUCGACGAACUAAUUCUAUCGCUGAUCCAUGGUAGUGGCAGCAAAGUCAACAGCGGAAACCGCUGGAUGGACAAGACUAUUCAGUUGGUGGUGAACCCAAAUGGAAACGUUGGAUUCACUUAUGAGCACUCACCUGCUGAGGGCCAGCCCAUUGCAAUGAUGAUGGACUAUGUUGUUCAAAAGAUGAAGGAUGAUCCUAACUUUGGGCAAAGCGGAUCAGAGGACUUUACUCCUGCACAGAAAAUACAGAUUUCUUCCCUUAACAAAAGCGUAGAGCAAUCUUUGGCCGUCGCACAGCAAAACGUUGAUAAACUUGCACAAGACCUUCAAAUGAAGGUUCUCAAGUUCGACAGAUUUGGAAAGGACUUCAUUAAAAAACAACGUCUGGGACCGGACAGUUUUAUUCAAAUAGCGUUGCAACUCGCCUUCUUCAAAAUGCACUCUGAGCCAGCUGCGCAAUAUGAGUCAGCUCACUUGCGCAUAUUCGAUGGCGGACGAACUGAAACUAUACGCUCGUGUUCCAACGAAUCAUUGGCCUUCUGCCGCGCUAUGCAGGACUCGAAUGCCACAGACCAGGUGCGGGCUGAUAAACUUCGUGAGGCAGUAAUGUCUCAUCAGAUGUAUGCUAAACUAGCCCUUCAAGGGAAAGGAGUCGAUCGUCACCUUCUUGGACUAAAGCUGAUGGCUCAGGAGAAUCGCCAGCCUAUUCCAGAGUUUUUUUCAUCACCUGGCUUUGUAAAGUCCAGUCAUUUUCGCAUGUCCACCUCGCAGGUAGCCACUAAAUAUGAAGCUUUCAUGGGAUAUGGACCGGCUACUGACGAUGGAUAUGCUUGCUGCUAUAAUCCUCGUGAACACGACAUUAUCUUGGCCAUAUCUGCUUGGCGUUAUUGUCCGAUAACAGAUCACUUGAAGUUCGCUAAGAUCCUGGAGCAAUCCUUUUCUCAAAUGAAGGAUGUCCUGGAAAAUUCAGUGACGCCUAAAUCCAAAUUGUAAAAAUAAUCAAAAAUAAUAUAUUUUUGCAGAUUGUUUACACCUUGAACGGCUUAAUUUAUAUUGCCUUAAAAGUACCGUUGCAGGAAGCACUAUAAUUUUAGUUUAAAGUAUGCAACGCAGUGAAGGCGAUAUUUGCAACACUAUAUUUUUCUGCAUUGACUUGAACAGUUUACAAAUGAAAAAGAAAGAAAACAUUAAACAAUAUAUAAACUGAACUGAA